GGGCAACUUAGCAGCAGGCUAGCUAGUAGUACAGGAACAAAUGGGUGUUCUUCUGUUCUUCGUGCCACUUCUGGUCGCCAUGGUCUCUGCAGCUCUGGCGAUGGGAGCGGAGGGGAUGACAGUGCCAUACUAUGCCUCUGCGUCAGAGCUCAACGCAUACUGGCAGUCAGUGUUUCCCAACAGGACCAUACCAUCAGCCAUACUGGACCACAUCAGUACACCAUCUGGAAAUGAGAGGAACGUUAAGGAACAGGAGCACUAUUGGUCUGUACAGUCAGACCAGCUUAACAAAGAAGAUGCAAAGAUAUUCCAUAACUGGGCACACUUGAUAGCUUCAGAGAAGCUACUGUACCCAGAGACCACCUUCACCCCAGGGUCCAAGAUCAACCUCUACAUCGACCGGGCGGCCGCCUUGCACAGCGCUUGGCUUCGCCCCGACUCUGCCGAUUCAAUCCCGAUAUCCAGAAAGAACUUCAAUGACAUUGUCACCAUGUCCGCGCCGGUAUCCAACUCUAUGGCCCACGGCAUGUGGUCCACGCUGAGCUCGUGCGAGCACCCCCGCGAGGUGGCGGGCGAGCAGAAGGCCUGCGUCGCUUCCGUCGAGUCCAUGCACGGUUUCGCGGCUUCAGCUCUGAGAACAAACGACCUCCGCGCCUUGUCCACAUCCCUCGACGUGCCUGAGGAGGGCAUCAGCUCGCCGUCGCACAUGUACAGGGUGGCGGCGGUGCGUGUAGUCACCGCCGGAGGAGCCAAGCCGGCGGCGGUGGACACCGUGACGUGCCACAGCAUGAGCUUCCCGUUCGCGUUGUUCUACUGCCACGCCGUCAACCCAACAAGGAUCUAUGAGGUUACGUUGCAGAAGGAGGAGACUGCUGCCGUCCCUGCGCCGAGAAGGCCGGCGGUGGUGCGGGCACUUGCGGUGUGCCACGUGAACACCUCAGGGUUUGACCCCACACUGAAGUACUGGGUGAAGCUUGGUGUCAAGCCAGGGGAAGCCCCGGUGUGUCACUUCCUUACAAGGGGCGACGUCCUCUGGGCACCCGCCUCUGCUGCCUGAGUAGAGGGCUAGAGGCAUGCUCCACCGUGGGCCAUGUUGUAUGUAGAAAAUAAGGAAGACGAGACCGAAGCCUCGUGUGCAUCGAGCUGUGUUGUUUGUCCCGAUUCCUGAGCCUGAGGGCUUCAAUGAAAAAAUACAAAAAUGGUUGUCCUAUCUCA